UUCAAUUUGAAGCCAGGCCAGUUUCUGCAUGACGCAGAUGUGUCGGAGCCUUUGACCAGUUUCACACGUCGUGUUUGUUCAAUGUCGGUUUACAGCCUAUUCUUCGAUUAUGCCACAGUUAUUUCCAAGGACAAUAAGGACUUAGCCACGGUGUGCGACCAACAUCCUACACUGAACCGACACCGAGAUAUCCGCUGCAUCGAUCACACACGAGUCAUAGUCCCGCAUCCGUCUGAGCCACACGACUACAUCAACGCCAAUUAUGUUGAUGGAUUUCGAGAGGAGAAAAAAUUUAUCCUAACGCAAUCACCUUUGGAGGAAACCGUGCAGUCUUUUUGGGCGAUGAUUUAUCAGGAAAAAGUUGUCGAAAUCGUAGCGCUAACACCACUGCAUCCAAAGAAGUCUUUCCUGUACAUUCCAACCAAACGAACUAUGCCUGUUACAUUCGGACCUUUUACGAUUCAGUUCUGCGGAUCGCAGAUAAUCCGUGAUGCUUACGAAGCUUCUAUACUCAAGUUGAAGAAGGAGAAAGAAAAGGAACGAAAAAUUCUUCAUAUAUGUUUCUUUUCGUGGCAAAACAUGGGCACGCCAACCAAGCCAACUGAACUGAUUUAUUUGGCGACCGAUAUAAAUUUCAAUCGCAAACUGUUCAUGGAAGAAGCGGAAAGAAGCGGCUGGCUGCAGGGCGCACAGUAUUGCUUGCAUUUGUUUCACAGUUAA